AUGUCAAUGUUUGCAGAUGAUCCUUAUGACUACGAACUAGAGAUUCGUCAGCAUCCCAUAAGAGCACGAAUGUGUGGUCUUGGUGAUAAAGAUAGAAGACAGAUCUCUCCUCCAGUGUGUGUCAAAUUGAACAUUUACUACAAAGGCACCAAAAACCACAUUGCAAUUGAUGAGUUGACGAACAGAAACUUCUUCUUGGUUUCCCAGCUAUGGUCAGCAGAUAUGAAGACUGAUCUCAGCACUGUGAUCAGUGACACACCUCCAAUAAAGACUCCAAGUAUUAAUACCUCUUCGACUUCCAUGUCCACCUCUAUGUCUACGUCUACGUCUACUUCCACUCCCACCUCCUCUAAUUUGAAUGUUAUUUUGGAAUCCAAUACUAAUACUAAUACUAACCCAAAAUUCAACUUUAUUUCAAACAAAAAUAAAAAUCCUAUAUCAGAAAUGAAAUACAACAAGAAAACUCACCAACUAGAAGUCGAUAAGGACUGUUUGAACAGAGUCCCCCCUACUGAAAUGUCAAUUCCAGUCAAAAAUCUAAUAGGGAACUUGACCUCAGUGCUAACUGUCUUGAAAGACGACAGAGGUGAAACAGGCUUUUGGUUUGUUCUAUCGGAUUUGUCUGUGAGAGUCGAGGGCGUCUUUCGCUUGAAGUGCUCGUUGUUCAAUCCCAUGAGAUUCGUCAUUAACAACAACAGCGAUUGCAUAACCAACGUCUUCUCCAAUGAGUUCAAGGUCUACAGUGCAAAGAAGUUCCCAGGCGUAUUGGAAAGCACUCCUCUCAGUCGAGCCUUUGCUGGCCAGUCAGUUCAAAUACACAUCAGAAAAGACCAAAAGUCGUAG